AAGUUAGUGAUAAUCCUAGAAAACUUGGUAUUUGUGAAUUUCACUUUAAUUUAGAUCAAACUCCUGAUCUUCAUCCAACUGAAUUAAAACAAAAUACUAAACCUACUUCUGCUUUAAUAUCUUAUAAACAAUAUCUUUAUUGCAAUUAUAAUUUUUAUAUAUUUACAAGAGGAACAAAUUGUAAAGCUCAUACCUGGUAUAUAAUUAGCAAAGAUAUUAUGUUACUAUAUAUUACUUUAUAUAUAUACAAUACUUUAAUAACUCAUGAAUCAAUAGACAUAUUUAUAUAUCUUCAAGACAAGAGAAAAAAAGAGCUGAUUGUAUUAAUGCUCACAAAGAUGAGAAUAAAAUAG